CGGGCUUCUAGUGAAUUUGAUUCGAUUGUCAGUCGCUUUUCGCUUACGUUUCGACUGUAUUGCUAGACCUCGAACAUAUUUCAUCACAAACUACAACUAAAUUACGAACAUGAGGGCGAUUUUCGGAUGGCUUUUAGUGCUUGUUUGCCUAACAAAAAGUUUCCAACAAGACGCAGCGCCCCCGACCGAGUAUCCCCCGGCUCCUCCUGACGACGAGGAAAUCACCGCGAUCGAAGAAAAGUCGGAGAAGAAGCUCAGCGAAACGAUCAUGACGAUUCUCGAGCAUUACAAGCAACCCGAUCCUGUUGGAAUCCCCGGAGCGCCCAUACCAGAUCCAAUGAGCGUUCCAGACAUGAACACUAAAUUAUCCUUCGGCAAAAUGCACAUGAAGGACGUGCAAUUGUACGGUUUGAAGAAAUUCCGAAUCAACCACAUUUCGGCGGACGUCACCAAAAUGAAGGUGGAGGCGGCUUUGACCAUCGACAAGCUGCUGGUGCGCGGGAAUUACACCCUGAGGACGUUUUUUUCCCGCGCUGCCGGCCCCUACACAGUCACAAUGGAAAAAGUCCAAGUCACCGCCAUAGCCACGAUGGAGGUGGACGUCAACGGCACCUUGGAGGCCCAAGCCAUGGACAUGGACAUCAGCUUCGGAAAGAUCGACAUGGACUUCCAGAGGCUCGGAGCCUUCGGCAGUCUUUUACAAGGCGUGAUGAACUCGUUGGGUUCGUUCGUAUUCGAUUCCAUCAAGCCGCACGUGCUGGGCGAGCUGAACACCAAGACGCGCGACGACGUCAACAAGGAGCUGCGGAAGUUCCCGAAGAAGUUCCCCAACUCGAUAUCGCCGUUCGACCAGCUGGUGUGCGAGGUGCGCAAGAAGGUGAGAUCCAUGGGCUUCGAUCCCUACCUGGUGCCUGACUACAACAACAGCGUGGGCAUCUUCGACGUGGCUCUGACGAACACCUGGUUGUACGGAAUCUCCUCCUUCCAUCGCACGAGAGACAUCAAAUUCGAAAUGAAAAACAACACGGUGCACACCUUCCUCGAGGUGGGGACUGGCAGGAUAAAAGGCAGCAGUAACUGGGAUAUAUCGCUGGUGGCGGGGAUGAUUUCGCAGGGCGGCACGGUCGCCUUCACGGUGGAUUACAUCAGGGUGCAGGUCAACGCCAGCCAGAGCAUGGACACCUCUUUGCCCCCGUCAUUGGACGACAUCCAGUUGGAAUUGGGCAAUAUCCAAAUCAGGUUCGACGGGUUAGGGACCGUCGAUUAUCUCAUCGAAUUCGGCGUGAACGUAUUGCCGAAUUUGCUGAGAUAUCAGAUAAUGGACGCGCUCGAGAAGCCGAUUAAAAUGAAAAUUCAAGAGGCGCUCGACCAAGUCAACGUGGAGAGGAUCAUUUUGGAGAACGCCGAUAAUUUGGAUAGCGGAAAGGGCCUCCAAGGAUUGAAUUUGUUGGAUUAACGCCCGUCGAAUCGAGUGUAUAUUUGUGUAUAGUGCGUCUAAAUAUUGUUAGGUAUAUCUAUUAUUAAUCUAAUUUUAGCUCCGAAUAAACGACGAACCUUCGUGUUA